CGAAAGAUGCUCUGAAUCUCGCCCAGAUGCAAGAGCAGACCUUGCAGCUGGAACAGCAAGCAAAGCUGAAGGAGUAUGAAGCUGCCAUAGAACAACUGAAGAAUGAUCAGAUACGGGUACAAGCAGAAGAGAGACGAAAAACACUCAGUGAAGAAACAAAACAGCAUCAAGCAAGAGCCCAAUACCAGGACAAAUUGGCAAGGCAGCGCUACGAUGAACAGAUGCGACAACAGCAACUUGCUAAUGAAGAGAAUUUGAGGAAGCAGGAGGAGUCUGUACAGAAGCAGGAAGCCAUGAGGCGUGCUACCGUAGAGCGAGAGAUGGAGCUGCGGCAUAAGAAUGAAAUGCUGCGCGUCGAGGCGGAGGCAAGAGCCCGUGCCAAGGCUGAGCGGGAGAACGCAGACAUCAUUCGGGAGCAGAUCCGCUUAAAAGCUGCUGAACAUCGCCAAACAGUGUUGGAGUCCCUCAAGACAGCUGGAAUGCUCUUUGGGGAAGGAUUCCGUGCUUUCGUAACAGACUGGGAUAAAGUUACAGCCACGGUGGCAGGCCUCACGCUGCUGGCAGUGGGUAUUUACUCUGCCAAGAAUGCCACGGCAGUAGCAGGGCGAUACAUAGAAGCCCGUUUGGGCAAACCUUCCCUGGUGAGAGAAACCUCACGCAUUUCUGUGCUGGAGGCCUUGAAGCAUCCUGUCAAGGUUGGUAAGCGUCUUACUAGCAAGGCUCAGGAUGCCCUGGAAGGAGUUGUUCUCAGUCCACAGUUAGAAGCACGUGUGAGAGACAUUGCCAUAGCAACAAGAAAUACAAAAAAGAACAAAAGCCUAUACAGGAAUAUUCUUAUGUACGGUCCUCCCGGCACUGGAAAGACACUCUUUGCCAAGAAAUUAGCGGUGCACUCGGGCAUGGAUUAUGCCAUCAUGACCGGUGGCGAUGUUGCCCCCAUGGGGCGUGAAGGGGUUACUGCCAUGCACAAACUCUUCGACUGGGCAAACACCAGUAGGAGAGGCCUCUUGCUGUUUGUGGAUGAAGCGGAUGCAUUUCUGCGGAAGAGGGCAACAGAGAAAAUCAGUGAAGAUCUCAGAGCAACUUUAAAUGCUCACUUUUUUUUUUCUCUCUUGUUUCAUACUUCCAGGUUUAUGCUUGUUUUAGCAAGCAACCAGCCUGAGCAGUUUGAUUGGGCUAUCAAUGACCGAAUAGAUGAAAUGGUGAACUUUGAUCUGCCCCAGCUAGAAGAACGGGAGCGGCUUGUGAGAAUGUAUUUUGAUAAGCAUGUCUUGAAGCCAGCCACAGAGGGUAAACAACGUUUGAAGCUGGCCCAGUUUGACUAUGGGAAGAAGUGCUCGGAGAUUGCCAGGCUGACAGAGGGCAUGUCUGGCCGAGAGAUCUCUCAGCUUGCUGUGGCGUGGCAGGCUGCAGCUUACGCCUCAGAGGACGGUGUUCUGACAGAGGCCAUGAUCGAUGCCCGGGUGGCUGAUGCCGUGCGGCAACACAAACAGAAGAUGGAGUGGCUGAAAACGGAGGGGGCUGAAGGGAGCAAAGCCACAAACCCACUCCUGCCUUCCCCCCAAGGAACACCGGUGUGA